UCCCUCUCGCCCAGACUAGACGCUCAUCGGCCCCCAGAGGAGAGCGGUGCAGCGAUGGGCUGCUGUCAGGACUGUCUGCAUUAUGUGUUUGAUUAUGAAACACCAAGAACGCUGGUUAUCCCCCACAUCGGGGUGGGAUGUGUGUUCAGGUUCACACAGAUCCUGGUCGUGCUCUAUGUAGUGGGGUAUGUGUGUGUGGUGCAGAAAGCCUAUCAGGAGAAAGACUCUGUCAUCAGCAGCGUCACCAGCAAAGUCAAAGGUUUUGCCCUCACCAACGUAUCUGACAUGGAGCCUCAACUUUGGGACGUGGCUGACUAUGUCAUCCCUCCUCAGGGGGAAGGUUCCUUCUUUGUGUUGACAAACAUGGUCGUGACCCCAAAGCAAAGACAGUGGCGUUGUCCUGAGCUUCCAAGUCCGUCAACGACAUGUGUGGAUGACUGUGACUGUAUUGUGGGACACAGUGAUCCUCGGGGCAGUGGUAUACAAACAGGCCUGUGUGUCAACUAUUCUUCCACUCUCCAGACAUGUGAGGUGUUCUCAUGGUGCCCGCUCGAAUUAGACACUAAGCUGCCCGAGCGUCCAUUGUUGGCUGCAGCAGAAAACUUCACUGUGCUGAUUAAAAACAGCAUAACAUACCCAAAGUUCAAGGUUCACAGAAGAAACAUAAUGCCACAAAUCAACUCCUCGUACCUGAAGAGGUGUGAGUUCAAUCACGUCACAGAUCCUUACUGUCCCAUAUUCCGCCUCAAACACAUCGUCUCAGAGGCUGGAGAGGAGUUCCAAGACCUGGCUGUGAUGGGUGGAGUCAUUGGUAUUAUUAUAGACUGGAGUUGUGACCUGGACUGGUGGGCGGGGAAGUGUAAGCCCAAGUAUACUUUCCGUCGUCUGGACAACAAACACCCCAACAGAAACGCGGCCCCCGGAUACAACUUCAGGUUUGCCAAGUAUUACAAAACCUCAGCUGGAGAAGAAACCAGGACCUUAAUCAAAGCAUAUGGGAUCCGCUUUGACGUCAUUGUAUUUGGAACAGUGAGGAUUAAAUCUGUGUUCUUUACGAAUGUCCUGAUCAGAGUGUCUGUGUUAUUAUGUCUGUGUUGACGACACCCCAUGGUGACACUUUCAUCACACAGGCUGGGAAGUUUGGAAUUGUACCCACGAUAGUCAACGUGGGUGCAGCGUUGACGUU